UAGCAAGCAUAACCAAUUUGGGCUCACUUUUUUAUUUGCAUUUUUUCCAAAACGCACAGCAUAACUCCGUUUGCAGUUUGCAGGCAAUUGCUCUGUGGAAGAAGCGGAUGAGACGAGAAGUUCAAAGAAAGGAUAACAUUACACUUCCGAGUUCCGAGAUUGUAAUGUCUGAAUUUUGGAGUAGCUGAUCUGAUUGACCAAAAUGAAUACCGCUCAAGUUACUGCAUGGCAGCCUGGGAUUUGUGUGAAGAAUAUAUCUCAGUUACACCAGCUUGAUACAACACCAUGUAUUUUACCAAUGAAUACCCAUCCUCGUUCUCGUAUCGUGAUGAAACUAAGAGAAAAACCGUCAUUUGGCUUUAAAUGUCUUCCUAUUUUGAAAUCUCGGAAACCUCUCCGUAUAUGCUUUGCUGGUGGAGAAGGAAUGAUGGGUGAUAAUGAUGAGAAUUCCCCAUGGAAAUCUAUUGAGAAAGCUAUGGAAAAAUUUAAGGGACAAUCAAUAGAAGAUGUGCUACGGCAGCAAAUUCAAAAAGGUGAAUAUUUUGACAAUGGCGGCAGUGGAGCCAAGCCACCGGGUGGCAGUGGCGGCGGCGGCGGCGGCGGUGGUGGUGACAGUCCUGAUGAAACUGAUGGACCAGAAGAAGAAAGCUUUGCUGAAAUGUUGGAUGAGAAUCUCCAAGUGAUUUUAGCAACCCUUGGCUUUAUAUUUCUGUACAUUUAUAUCCUCACUGGUGAGGAGCUGACAAAGCUAGCUAGAGACUAUAUCAAGUAUUUAUUCGGCGGAAGUCAGAGCGUUCGACUGAAGACUGCCAUGGUAAAAUGGGGACAAAUCUACAGGAGCAUGACAACGAAGAAAGAGGUUGAUGAGUUUUGGUUGGAGAGGGCCAUUAUGAACACCCCAACAUGGUGGUACGACCCGGAAGAUCUCCGCGAAGCCCUUAGGAAUAGCUAUGAAUAUGGUUCAGAUUCAGAUGAUGAUGAAGAUGAAUAAUUUUUCUAGAGUUUGUAGCACCCUGUAUUCAGUGUAUUUCUCUUCCUUAUAUUUCUUUUGCCUUCAAGAUUAAUAGGGCAAGGACAGUUGUAACUUGUAAGGUUCUUCUAUAUGAACUAUAGUUGUUUUCCUGUGAACAUUUGGAGCCCAUUUGUUAUCAUUCUUUUUGCUACAUUUUUUGUAUUAAAGCCAUCACCGCAUGUUUGGUA